AUGUUGAAGCCUUUCCAAAUCAGAAACCUUCGGGUAUCCACUCAGCACCAGCCCGAUCAGCUUGCGGAUUCUCGGACUCCUUCAGGAGUGGUCCAGAUCUCUGCUACAGAUUACGAUGAUUUAGCGUCAAACCAUCCCCGCGCAAGAUUGACUUAUACGGAUGAGGAUGAUGAUGACGAAACAAUCACCGUUGGAUCCGCUCUCGAGCUCUCUCAGCGCCUUGAGGAGCCCGUAGACAUUAAUACACAGCUUGAAUCCGUCGAAAUUCCUCCCGAUGACAUUAGUCCGAUGCACAUAUUUGAUAUUCGUCGAUCAAACUCUGUGACUGAGUUGUGGAAUCGAUUUGAAUCCAACGUUUCAAAACAAGGCCGGGCUGAUGAGAACGACGACACGCAAGCUACUCCUAAGGCUAUUGUCCUCGAAGAUCAACAUGAAGUCCCGGUUCCUCACAUUGCGGCCUCGCCACCGGUCUCUGGAGAUCAACCUCGGCCUUUUAUGGAAGCAUUUGAGGCUGAGCUAGCGGAGAUGCUCAAUGCUGCCGAGUCCUCGGAGAACAAAACUCCUCAAUCUAACUCGCCACCGACUACUGAACCAUCAACCAACACAGACCCAGGGCGAUCCCCUCAUCCCGUUGAGGUUCUGGCGGCACAGGUUCUAGAUCAGUUGAUCAAUGGAGCUAGCAUGAUACAAUCUGAAUGGAAAUCAAAGGUUCCUGAGCUACAGCGACAACUACAGAACGCUCAGAGACAAUUUGAGGCUGCACAGAGAUCUCUACCUGAGAACAUGGAAGCGUCAUUGCGGACACUACUCGCCACUGUUGAGGCUCACCUAAGAACCGCUUUUAACAAUCUGCCAGAUGGCGGAAGACAAAUGGCAGAAGAUGCCUUCCAAGCAGGAAGGCCUGUGGCUGAAAAUGCCGCCGAUGGUUUUCGUACGAUGGCCUCCGAACUUAACGAGGUCGGAAAAACAUUAUUUGCCGCGUUUGAAAGCGAGUUUGGGCGUGCUGGAUCGACAGCCUCUACAUCAACCUCGACUUCCGAGGUGCCGAACCCUGUGCCAUCCGGGCCAUUUUUUAACACUGCUACAAAUAAUGCAUCUGCGGCUCCGGGCACUAUGUAUUCUCAAGCCUCAGGCGCAUAUCCUUCACGCACAGCCACAAACGAAAAAUCGACAGCAGAUACAGCUCAAUCGAACCCAUCGUAUACUGCACAAUCAGGAGCACCCCCCAUUCAAAGUUGUCAUAGUCGUCAACCCAUACCCGCUCACUCAAAUCAUUGGGCACCUCCCUCAUGGCCUGCUCCAUAUUGGAAUCCAUUCCAAACUUACACCGCACCCCCACCUCCCCCACCUCCCUGUCCUCCCCUACCGCCGGCAUCGCUGCCGAAUUUCACCUUCUGGCCGCAAGGGCCAUCUGCGGCCCCACCUCCGCCUCCUCCUGCGUUCAAUGCCCCAUUGGGUGCUAGACAAACAUCACAAGUGAAAUCUGAAGAAUCAAAAAACAAUUCGGCAACCAGAUCCUUGUUCAUUGGGAAUGUUGGUUUCAAGGUUACCGACAAGAUGAUACAGGAUGUGUUCGCUGCCAAGGGAUUCCUUGUCAAGGUGGAUCUUCCACUAGAUACGACGUCAGGCAAACACGCAGGCUUUGGCUACGUUAAUUUCCCCUCGGAGUAUCCGGCGCUCGCUGCAAUGGAAGCAUUGCAAGGUGCUGUCAUUGACGGUCACUCGAUAAACCUGGAGCCUAUGUAUCAUCCCCCCAUCGAAAGUGUGCAUCCGGCGCAGAUUUCACCCAAUGUCAUGACACGCACACAUGAUACUCAGAUAGAUCAACCUCGGGCUGAGAUGAGCGCUAUAGACAAUGCUCCCUUUGAACGAAACAGUACCACACCAGGGCCCUCUGUGUCCUCGCCUGCUCCCGAGAUACAAAUGAGUCCAUCCAAGCCUCGCAAAACAGAUAAUCGCAGGAAGUCUGUCAGUUUCGUAGACCUCACGCAAAAUGUUGAUCUGGGUCAAACUCAGACGAAAUCAUCUGCCCUACUUGACUCUCCAAGCGACGACCCUGCAUUCAGCGCACGUUUCCCCUCGCUUUUACCCGAGACGAGCGUCCAGCAUAACGAUCUAUUGAGCGGUUCGGGUAUUUCCUCGUAUUCGAACACAGAGUCCCGUUUCCCACCUGUGUCUCAAUGGGAGGCCCAACUUCUUGCAAAUCGGCAGGAACGCCAUGGAACAGAGCCUAUAACUGGUGAUUUACAUAGUCACUCACCAAACAACCCGAAGCACGGCGAGAGACUCUCCACUCCUUCUGGCCAUACCAAAGCAGUUCGGGAUCAAAUGGCUCAUCCUUCAGGUUCCAAGGAGGUUGUGCGCUCCGUGGUAGAUCUCACCGAGCCCCAACAUGCACCAAAAUUGAAACGCCGAGCCACUGAGCACAAAGCUCAUAAACCAAAUAAUUGGCACUCUGUGGAGGCUGGCCGCCAUAAUCCCCUGAAGCAUUCAGCAAGUAUGCGUCGUCUUGGGGAUAGAUCUCGUGGCCCUGCGGAAAUAGAUACAUGGGCGCGGCUGUCUAGGCGGGAACGAACUGGUGUAUCUUCUCACGAGCAAAUUCCCGGAACCUUCCCAGUGGAAGAUACGGCGAGGGUCGGACUUUCUACUACACUUGAUACCCGUGCUCCUGAGUCUAAUGAUGCGGCAAUCGAACGAUGUGUCUCUGCUCUUGUCGACAUGGGAUACGGGGCUGAACAGGAGGACGGACGGUCGAGGAUGGCUGUGUAUGCGACUAUGGUAAAUGGUGUCCUCAUGGAUGCGAUUGAUAUGAUCGAAGAGGAAAGACAGAUCUAUGAACGGCGGCCUUCGCAGUGA